UUCAGAAUCCGGCAAACAGGCUGGACUAAACAUGUUACAGGAGCAGCCUCCAUGCUGACACUUCUAUGGGCAUUGGGGACAAUGUCUCUGCAUCCAGAAGCAAGGAUGCUCAAAGAAUGCUCAAGUCCUGAAAGUCAGAAAUGCCCCAACCUAUGCGUUUGUAGCUUUGACGACUGCAACGAUGAUCUGAGCGUCUACUGUAGCGCGCGCAACCUCACCACCUUGCCGGAAGACGUACCACGAAGUACGAGGAUGUUGUGGCUGGAUGGGAACAAUUUCACAACCUUGCUAGCUCUUGCUUUUAGGAACCUCUCCAACCUGGAAUUCCUUAACCUUCAGGGCAGUCAAUUAUUAGGGAUUGAACAACACGCCUUCCAUGGUUUGGAAGGACUCUACUCUUUGCUCCUGGAACGUAAUCGGCUGAAGUCGCUGGCACCCAAUAUCUUCCUCCACCUUCAGAACCUGGCUUCCUUACGUCUUAACAACAACCAGUUCAACAAGAUCGAAGAAGGGGUAUUUGCUGGACUUUCUAACCUCUGGUAUUUGAAUCUAGGGUGGAAUUCCCUGGUGGUCCUGCCAGACAAAGUCUUUCACGACCUGCCCAAUUUAAGGGAGAUGGUCCUGUCUGGAAACAAGCUGCACUAUCUCCAACACCAGCUGUUCUACAGUCUCAGCGAGUUGCGAGAACUGGAUCUGAGUUGGAAUUCUCUCAAGGGCAUCAAAGGUAACAUCUUCACGAAGCUUCAGAAGCUGCUGAAACUUUACCUGAACCAGAAUCAAAUCAACGCCAUUGCUCCGCGGGCCUUUGUGGGCAUGAAAUCUCUGAGGUGGUUGGAUCUCUCCCACAACCGUCUUGCCACGCUUUUUGAAGACACGUUCCUGGGUCUUUCGAGCCUUCACGUCUUGCGUCUCUCCAGCAAUUCCAUCACUAGUUUGAGCCCCAGGACUUUUAAAGACCUGCAGUUCCUAGAAGAAUUACAGCUGGGCAACAAUAAGAUUCUCACCUUGCUCGAAAAGAGCUUCGAUAAAUUGGGCCAGCUGGAAGUUCUUACUCUAAACGACAACCAGAUUCAGGAGAUCAGGCCUGGGGCAUUCCUCGGGCUUUCAAACGUGGCGGUGAUGAACCUAUCCGGGAAUUGCCUUACAACCUUUCCCGAUUUCACUUUCAGGGGUCUUAGCCAACUCCACAGCCUCCAUCUGGAAAACUGCUGCCUGACAAGGAUCAGGCCGCAAAUGUUUUCUGAUCUCUCCAGCCUGCGAAGGCUCUUCCUGCGAUUCAACGCCAUCUCCGUCAUCGAAGAUCACAGCUUGAACGAUUUACACGAGCUCCUUGAUCUGGAUCUCAAGCACAACCGGCUGAGCAGCCUCUCCCCAAAUCAGUUUACAGGCCUACGGAGCCUGGAGUAUCUCCUCCUUUCCUUCAAUCAGCUGGUAGAGAUCUCCCCCGGAGCCUUCACCCCGUUGUCGCGUCUCUCUUGGCUCGAUCUCUCCAACAACUUCUUGGAGAGCUUGGACAGUGGCGUCUUUGCAUCUUUCUCGAAACUGACCUACCUGAACAUCAGGAACAACUCUCUGAGAACCUUCUCGGUGGAUUGGCUCGGCCCCUCACCUACGUUGGUCCAGCUAUGGCUAGAAGGGAACAAAUGGGCGUGCAAUUGCUCGCUCAAGGAACUUCGAGACUUUGCUCUGCAGCAACCAGGUGUGGUUCUGCGGUACACGCAGUCCAUCACAGAAGGAGAAGCACCUGAAUAUACCUACAACAACAUCACUUGCCUUAGCCCAGCAGAAGUGGUAGGACUUGAUCUGCGGGAUAUUCAAGAAAAUCAUUUUGUUGGCUGUUAAAAGUGUUUUCCAAGUAACUUUUUCUCCAAGAAACUUUUCUGUUUUUUAGGGAACAGUACAAAUUCGAAUCUUCAAUGUGUUUGGACUUAAGAAGCUAUCAGGAAGCAAGCACAACUUGAGAGCGUCCUUAGUCAUCACAAAGCUCUAUUGCAAGUGGCUGAUCUCAAAACACACUAUCAGACCAGACUUUUUAAACUGCUUGGGAAUCCAGCAGGCAUUUCUAGAGUUGUAGAUCAGACUGGAAAGUUACAGUUCACAAGGUGACAAACUUUGUAUAUUGCUUCCACAAAAUUUGCAUAGACUUCCUUCAUUCAACAACCCAGUCAAGUUUGAUUUAAUGGAGAAUUACCCUAACAUUUAGGAAAAUUAAUUAAGGAUAAUAGUGAAGAUCAAAUAAUAUUCUGAAUCAUAGUGGCAUCGAUGUUAACUUCCUUAAGUAUAUUUAAGCCUUUAGGACUCAAAUAUUUCAGUUAAGUUGGUUAAUCUUUGCUUUUCCUCCUCCUCCUCCUUAUAAAGUAUGUAUUUUUUUUUAUUUUCUACUGGUUCUGAAAUACGGAAUAUGGAUGUUGCCCUGCUGUUUUCUCAUAAUGCCGACUUAUCACUUGGAAACAGGUGGUUAUUUUUUCCAACUUGGGUUCUGCAAUAACUUGAUAGGCUCCGUAACAGGAGAAAAAAAAGAAAUUCAACUAAUUCUGAUAUAUGAAUUUGCCUAAGUAAAUGACAAGUAACGCAACUUCAUAGCCAGUUUUCUAUCACUAGAGCUUUGCCUCUUGAGAGGGGCCCUGGGAAUUUUGUUAACAGCUUCUUGCAGCCAGAAAAAAGGUUUAAAAGCAUUGUGGACUAUUACACGGAAACUCUAUUCUGGUGAGCAGAGCGAGGGGGAAAUAUUAUAUUUGGAGACUGCUGAUGUCGACUGCAGACUCAGCAGAGAUGGUAUUCAGCUGGUUCGUGCCGGUUCGGUUGAACCGGUAUUGGCGACUGUGGGUGUCAGGUGGAAUAUUACAGUUUCCGUGUAAUAUUCCACCUGCCCGCUCGGACGUAAUGCUGUCCUAUUUAGCCACGUCUUUGAGGCUGGGCGCAUGUGUGGAAGGCACGCACUUGAGCAAAGCACAUGCACGGAAGGCUGGGCGCAUGUGCAGAAAGUGUGCGCGUGAAGCGAGUGUGCGCACGAUGAACCAGUAGCAAGAAUAUGUGGAACCCACCACUGGGCCUCAGGAACAGCGCUUAGCUGAGCAUCUUUAAAUUCAGGGUUGGGCUUCUGUCAGGUCUCAACUAGGCAGACCACCUCUCUGAGGUAUUGUCGUGCAGGAGAAACAAAGAUGAAACUGGGCAGUAAACUCGUUGGUUGCCGAGUUCACAGAACACCCUUAGACAGGAAAGAAACGGGGGAAAUCUUAACCAAACUUAGUAUAUUGAGCCAAUGCAGCCGUUAUUGUGUUUGUUAAUUGCCCUGAUAAAGUUUAUUAUGCGAACGCUGCCAUCGAGUAGUUUCACUCAUAUCAUGUUCACAUGAUUUACAAGGAAAUCAUUUCCCAAAGUGUGCUUUGACUGUAGAAAUCCCUACAUGCCUAGCCAUAAAGACUGGAUAGAAAUAUUUUGAAUACGUAGAGGUAUAUAUAGCGAUAGCACUUAACACUUAUAUACCGCUUCACGGUGCUUUCCAGCCCUCUUUACAGAGUCAGCCUCUUGCCAACAAUCUGGGUCCUCAUUUUACCCACCUCGGAAGGAUGGAAGGCUGAGUCAACCUUGAGCCUGGUGAGUUUUGAACUGCUAAAUUGCAGUCAGCUGGCAGUCAGCAGAAGUAGCCUGCAGUACUGCACUCUAACCACCGUGCCUCAUAUCUGGUUUUGGAAAAGCAGAGGAUCAUGUACUGUUAAGUUCUGGAUCCCAAGUCUCCCUUCUUGUCUUUCCUGAAAUAUCCUAAGCUUAAUUUACCAGUAUUUCCAUUUUUUUCUAGAGUUUUUCUCGUGUCCUCACCACCCGUGGGUCAUUUUUCCUUGUCCUUGGAGCCUCUGCCUCAGUUCUGUCAUAAGAAUUUCUAGCGAUUGCUUUCAUCCAGAUGAAAACUAAGAGGGAAUAAUGGGGAUUUCCCCCUUUUGCUAUCAUAGAAGCUAGAAAAUGAAAACAUUUCAGGAUUCUUUUGUGAAAAUUAAAGGUUAUAUGUCAUGGGAUAAGUAACAGCAGUAUGUCUUCCUGGACAAUUUUAUCUCUGUUUUGUAAGAGACAAACAACAGCACAACGUACCAUAUUUUUCGGAGUAUAAGACGCACCAGAGCGUAAGAUGCACUUUACUUUUUGGGGAGGAAAAUAGGAGGGGGGAAAAUUCUGCCUACCAGGUAUUCAUCGGGAUAGUCCCAGCACAUUAGUUUGCUUGCUGGUUUUGAGGUUGGGGCUGUGCUUCUAAAGCACAGCUGAUUGUCGGAGGGAGCAGCAAUUAGAAAAGCAGGCAAAGCACGGAAGAUAGCUUAGCUCGCGUUGGGGCUGAAAAACAGCCUCAAAAGCACAGCUGAUCCUCAGAGGGAGCUCCAGUGAUUAAAGCAGGUGAAGCGCGGAAGGGGUAAGAGAAGGCAGCAGCUGUUCCGGGUAGUCAUUUUGUGUACCGCGCGGGGUUACAUUCGGUGUAUAAGACACAGCCAAAUUUUCAGCCUCUUUUAGGAAGGAAAAAAGUGUGUCUUAUACUCCGAAAAAUAUGGUGAAUAUGCAGAAUGUGGAAGUGAGACGCUUAAAAUAGAAACGAAAGGUUAAGUAAUAUUUUCAAAGAAUCCACAAACUGCAUUUCUUGAUAAUUCUUAUACAGUGAAAUCAGGCUGUUGUGGUUUUCUAAAUUAUUA